GGUCUGAAUGCAAAUCAUCAUUAGAAUGUGGUCAAAAUUCGAACAUGUCCUGCAUUGACGGCGCAUGUACCUGCAGUACAGGCUUUGUUCUGAGGGAAUCAAAAUGCAUCUGGGUCAUGGAUGCCGGAUGCAUUGCGAAUGACGAUUGCUUGUAUGAAGGAUUCGAAUGCAAGACUACAGACAUAGGGUCGUUUUGUCGCUGCCCAACGGGACAAGCUGUAAAAUCUCUGAAUAAUGCGACAUGUAUAAAAGUUUACGGAUCAAGCUGUGCUGACAUACACAUGUGUGGAUAUACAGAGAGUUUCUUUUAUCGUCGCUCUUAUUUUGAGAUCCUGUACAAGUACUAUAACUUUUAUGGCAAUAAAGCAUUUCACUGUGAUCUUGACAACGUAUGCUCGUGUGCACCAGGGUUCCGAUGGAACCAACACGUGCAUAAUUGUGAGCAAAGUUACGAAUCAACAUGUACCAGCGAUAAUGACUGUUACUCUGAAAAUCAAGGUAGUGCAAUCACAAGAACGCACGUUUGCAAUAACCAAACGCAAAAAUGUGAAUGCAGACAUGGCUUUAGUAUUUACUCUUUCACCGAUCUCGACGUAAAUCAACACGUUACUCGUCAAGUCUGCACAAGAGCUGAAUCAUGGCAGUGUGAUUCUGACGAAGACUGUGUCUCGCGUUUGAGAGUCAACUCCACUUGCGACAACAUCAGUUCAAUGUGCAUCUGCGCUCAAGGGUUCAUAGAGCAAAGUGGCGCUUGCAUUCCGACAGAGGGUGUUUGCCAACAACUCGAUCCCACGCUACCGGAUCUGUACCGCCGAUCCCCGAAGUACACUCUAUCUUUGAACGAACCGCCAAUACGAGACGACCAAUUAAAAGACAUAUGGUACAACAUCGGACCAGCUAUGAUAAGCACCGAGGAAAAACUAAUUGGACGUUUACCAGGCACAUGUGGGACAUAUUAUCCAAUAUAUUUUGCAGAAUCUGUAACAGCUUCGGAACAAAGCAAAAUCGACUUGGGUAUUACGAUUACAAAACAAGCCAAGAUCGGAGGAUUGAAUGAAUUCGGAACGUCUUACAACCUGUCUGUUCAGCUGCGAAAGUGUGGAUCGGAGUAUCUGGCAAAGCUUCAGGUUCCAAAUGUCGUUUUCGCCGCAUAUUGUCUAGACCAUGAUACGGUAUCCGUGUUUGCGGGCAACUCGACAGACAGAUGGGCACAUCUUGAACAAAAGCUCCAGUUCCAAAGUGCAAUAGAUAACAAUUCAUCAACUGAAUUAUACACGCCAUCAGUUGUCUUCCGAUGCCACCCCCUUGAUAGAUAUUAUCAUUCGCAUUAUAACGAUCAUGGAGUACAUUGCAGCGGAUGUAACAUAUACAGUUAUAGCCAAGAUAGGUGGUUUUAUACAAUUCAUUGGUACGUUAAUGGACUCCAAUGCAAGACAAUUGGCCCCAUUGAGCGAAGUAGACUACAGGAAACUGAUUUGACUGAAAGUGACAUCAGAAAUAUGUGUGGGCACAGACGCUUUGGCUUUCACAUUCAAUGUUCGUUCCAAUGGUCAGAGACUAAGUUCGGGAUAAAAUCAACUCCAAUAUUUAGCAAGCGAAUUCAAACCGGACUUAAUGCAUGGACUGUUGUCACAUCUGCUGCCGGUGAUUUUAUUGUACCUUCCAUCCAUUCAACACCCAUCGGCUGUACAACCUCUGCGGGUGAUACAUCGGAAACGUGCCGCAUUAAAUGGAAUCUAAGUGCUCAUGGGUCGUGUCCGUUUGGAACUGCACAAAACGUCCCAGAUGUGUGUGGCGUUUCAAUUUUGGGGCUGACAAAGUACGGAUGGGAACGAUAUGGCACACAGGAGUACGCUUUUUGGAGAAUACUGUUCAACGAAACCUAUAAUGCUGAGUUACAGGCUAAUACCUUAUUGACUAAUGGUUUAAAAAUAUUAAUAUCGUCGGAUGUUAAACUUCAAUCCUCGAUUAUGAUUGCAACAUUUGCACCACUAACAAGCGAUCACGAGUUGUGGAAUGGAUAUACAAUCCCUAACAUACGGGUAAUUACGAAACAUACAACUUCUGAUAUCAAAGAGACAAUCCGUAUUAUAUAUGAUCAUGGUGUUUAUACGUCAGUCCUUUCUAAGGCAACUUUAAGCGGAAAUAAAAUCGUGUUUCCGAUGAAAGAAGAAGGCGAAUUCCUGGUUUUUAAAAGUAGAAUACAUGUCGUAGAGGUCCACAUUCAAACAGAAGUUUGUUCUGAAGGCGCAUGUGCAUGUGGAAUAGUAAUUCGAAAUGGAAAUGAAAUCUACACGAUUAACAGCUGCAACGGGAUUACUCGCCAUGGCUUCAUUUACAUUGGACAUGGUGAAGAUGGUAUACAUGAUGAAACAUACAAAUUUGACAAAACUGCAAGUGUCAGUGAUCACUAUUCCUAUCAAUGGUGGCGGCAAAACAGGUAUUGGAUACGUGGCAUUACCAAAGAUCAGUACGAAAUCUCCGACAGCAAUGAAAUCAGCUUGCGUAAUGGGAUGACCAUAAGCAUCAUUCGGCAUUUUGCUACAAACACGUUAGAACUUACCAUUGAAAGCAACCCUUAUGUUGAGUCAUUUAAUGAACUUGAUGGAAUUGUAUCAUUUGGAUACAAACAGUUCAGACAUAGAGGUGGAUCUUACGCUGCCGAUUAUCGUGGAUAUGUCAAUAGUUGGAGAGUACCAAGUAAUGAGAGUCUUCGAAACCCAAAUAAUCAUAUGGACUUCGGCGUCAGUGAAACAGUGUUCCAAUGUCAUUGUCCACAAGGCAAUGAAGCGGCGUUAGCCGAUCUAACGCAGCCUAUCUUUUGGCAGAAUAACGACUACUACUACUACCACCACCCUGCCUACGAGACAGAACACGCUGUAGGAGCUAUCAUGUGCACUUUACAAAUGCCUUGCCAAGUUCAAUCGGAUGGUCCGCAAUGGCCGAAUUCGACUUUCGUUAUGGCUGUUAUAGUCUCAAACGUUACCAUAAACACUAAUAACACGCACAUAAUGUGUUUAUUUAAUCCGGUUUCAGGAAAAAAACACCGAGUUCAAUGGUAUUCCGAGGAGACAAUAAUCCCGAGUAAUACAGUCAACGCGAAUUAUACAGUCUUUGCCAUCAAAGAUAUAGUCCCAACGUCGGGUUCAGAAUGCGACCUUGAUAAAGAGAUUCGGUGCGCGGUAACUGUGUUCGAAGCAAAUGGCGUGAACCAAUCAGGUCCAGCCUCGUUCAGUGAGCCGGUAUAUUUAAUGCGAGGCGGAAUACAUACGUCUCUGGUGCCACACCUAUGCGUUAUAAACAACACCUGCUACUUUGAAAACGAUCAUGAUCCACGAGACCCACAUUAUGUCUGCUACCCUGCAUUGGACCCGUUUUCAUGGAUACGUAACUUGACACUACCUAGAGUUCCCGGUGACUACUGCAUCCACGGCGAAAGGCACUGUGACAGCGUAACAGGAGUGGCCUACUGCAACGCUAAGACAAAGGAAUGCUCAUGCGCUGACACCUUUGAAGAAACAAAUGGUGUCUGCUUGCAAAUAGUAUGUACAACGACGGAAGGAACGGAAAAGUGUUCCUCCAUUUCUCUUGCAAAAUGCAAUGACAAUGUUUGCACCUGUGCAAAUAAUGCAGAACUGAAUACGACACAGGGGAAAUGCGACAUGAAGAGAAUUGGUAGUAAUUGCACGUUUGAAGACGAUUGCAAACAUGUAAGCGGUGCAGUAUGCGAUUACCAAAGAACCAACACAUGCGUAUGUGAUAGGCAGUUUACAUUUGGUAAUGGCAAAUGUUCACCUAAAGGUCCAGGGGACUCAUGCACACCUGGUGGUGACGACUGUGCCAACAUUCAAGGUGACGCUAUCUGCAGCUUAAAGACAAAACAAUGCAGAUGCUACGACACACGUAAAGUGGUUGGAGGGAAAUGUCAAACAAUUUCUUGUACAUUUUCCGAUCCUUCACCUUGCAAACAUAUUUCAAACGGUGAAUGCAGGAAUGGGAUAUGUUCGUGUUCAAUCGCAGCGGUACUUAAUACAACAACAGGGGAAUGCAAGAACAGAGGAAUCGGAGACACGUGCUAUGUUGACGAAGCCUGUGCCUUUGUGAAAAAUGCAAAAUGUGACUCAGAAAGGAACAUCUGCGUAUGUGGCGACACCAGAAAGGUUGAUGGAAACGCCUGCGUUCCUAGAGUGCCCGGGGAUGCUUGCGAACCGGACUCAAAGAAUUGCCAAGACAUUCCCGGUGAAGUGUUUUGUGACGCUGUUUUGGAAACGUGUUCCUGUGCAAGCACACAUAGAGCUUCAAAUGGCGCGUGUGUACAAAAACUCUGCACUGACGACCUUGGUUGUGGUGGUAUAGCACACACGAAAUGCAUCAAUAAAGCAUGCGCGUGCUCGGUGACAUCAGAGCUUAACAGAAAAAUUGGGUUAUGUGAAAGCAAAGGACUCGGCAGUUCCUGUGUCGCCGAUGCCGAAUGUGGGCUGGUCACAGGUGCAAUGUGUGACAUUGCUAAACCACGUGUUUGCGUUUGUGGCGAAAAGUAUGAGAUGAACGAUGAUGAAUGUAUACUAAAAAUACCAGGAGUACUAUAUCUAAACAGAGUUGAGAUUUUUGUUUCUCAGUAUAUUGAACAUGACUACCACUUUGCGAUUUUCCGAUGUGACUACAGUAUAGAUCAUGGCUUCUAUUACAAGAUCAAAUGGUACCUUCAUGGCAAAGAGAUUCAUUCUACCGACAUAGUAGACUCGUCCAAAGCAUCAGAAGCGUCAGUAUUAAAGGACGUCGAACUCUACGAGUUAAACGCUACGGUCUUUCAGUUCGAUUCAAAGUUGCGUUGUCGAGUAAUAGCCUACAACGAUAGUGGUGCAUAUGAAAUAAAGACUGUAGAAAGCAACGACUUUACAACAAUGACAAUUUCAUCUACAUCUCUUACAUUCCCGCGAGGACAAAGUGCGUCAUUCACUGUUACACUGUACGUUCCGUUUGGUUGUGGAACACAUUCCGGAGACUGUCGACUUCAGUACCUUCUACAUGACCCGUCGGACUCCUACGAUUGCAUGGAUUCGACCAUUGCAGUGUUGCACAGCGAUACUUGCGGCGGCCGUAUAGAAGGGUCAACUGAAACAGACAUGGAAACGUUUGCUCUAACGAAACAUGAAACAACUAUAACAAUAGUCGCGAAAAACAACAACAAAUAUGUCUUAAAAAGCUAUUUUCAGUUGAAGCUUCAAACAUUCUCUGAUGAUAAUCAAAAGAAUCUUUGGCAGGGGUUUACAACCACAAUUGAAGUACACGUAACUGAUGGUCAUUCGAUUCAUAACAGCCCCUGUUAUGCUCAUGUCGAUCCGCAUAUGGGAACUUUUGACGGACGCUCGUACGAAAACCAAAAUUCCGGCGAAUUCAUCCUUGUCCGUCACAAGAAAUACCCCAUUGAAGUCGACAUGAUAACACAGCCUUGUUCCAAUUGGGGUCCAAUACCAACAUGUGCUUGCGCCGUAAACGUUAGAGCUGGAGGUGAUAUAUUCACCAUAAACCAUUGUAGCGGACACCUAACAAAAUAUCUAUCAAAUAAGGAUGAAUCACUGAAAGUGUACCGGGAAAGUUCUUCGGAAUAUAAGAUAAUCUUGCCAACCGGAAUGUCUGUGAACAUAUACUUGAUGACAUGGGGUAACUACGUGAUGAAUGUUGACAUCUACCCAUCACCACACGACUUCAAUCAGGUUGAAGGAUUGUGCGGAAAUUAUGACGGCAAUCCAGACGAUGAUUUUAUUAUGCGAGACAGCGGUACUUUGUGGACACCAAGUUCUGAUAACUCUGACAGGGUCUGGUAUUGGGCUGUAUACCCGGAUGAAUUUUCUUUCUCAUGGGACCUUACACACAAAUGGAAAGAGAGCUUGCUCAAUCCGGUUGUCUACGAGAAUACAUUGCCAUGGGAUCGGGAUCAAGUGUUUUGCAUUUGUCCAGGUGUAGCAGCCAACAACUUUCAGUCAGUCUGUUCAAAGCACGAGGACGAUUCUUGUAACACUCCAGUUCUGAGACGGGGAAAACUGAUUACUGGUACCCUACAAGUAUCCAGAGAUAAGAGAGGUACGGUUAGUAAAGUUAAGAAACACAGAGUUGAAGAUCAUGUGAAGCAACGCCUCAAUAAAAUGACAAACUCCUGGAAAAAUAAGGUUCUUCAUAUACGCAACAAGCGAGAAUCUUCACCUGCUCCUGCGCAUAUGAGCCCCGAAGAAGCACGUGCGUAUUGUGCCGAAGCAUUCCUAAGCUGUGCGAGUGUGCAGGCUGCAAAGGAUCAGAUUGAUACGGACUUUGAGAAAACCCUAGAAGACUGUGCAUUUGACAUGCUGAUGACAGGGAAUUCACAGUGGGUAACUGCACAUUGCGAUGCACAGACACAGGCACUACAGAUGGAAAUUCAGAAAAAUGAGACUAUUGGUGAAGUUUUUCCAGAAAUAGUCUCUAUCGUGAAAGAUAGCUCUUGUCCGUCUAAUUGUAGCAGUAACGGACAAUGCGUGGAAGGUGAAUGUCACUGCUUUGAUGGUUAUGGGACGGACCUCUGCUUUAUUCAGCUCUCAAAGCCACCUCAGUUGCAAGAACUCGGCAACAAUGGAACCUGUGAUAUCGGCAAAGGAGAUAUUUGCGACUGCAUCCCGAUAGUUGGUGACGGCUUUGUCGAGACCGCCAUUUGCAAUGUUACCAUAUAUGAGACAAACGAAAAUAAUAUCUUCACAAUGUCGCGGUCGUUGAGCCUGCAAUGCGUAUACAACGACCUCAACGAAGUAUGCGCACCAGUGCAGGAUACCAAGCGACGUCAGAAGAGGUCGACACAAACAAUCCUGGCAACCAUGUAUCAUAUUUCCGUUAGUAAUAAUGCAGUGAACUUUUGCAGCCCGUCUAAAGUUGUUGUUUUAGAUGGAAACUGUCAAGACUUUUUUCAAGAUGCCGCUGGAAACACAGUCAUGAUUUUGAAACCUCGAUACUGUUAUAUCGAGGGAAGAUGCGUUGGUGAAGGGACGCCUGGAGAUGAUUCGUGUACGGAAUGCAAGCCUUCGUCCUCUACAUUUGAGUGGACAAACGCCUGCAAUGGAGGCAGUAAAGACGAGAAACCAAGCAUGCUAGGCAUCGCCAUUGGUAUUCCGGUCGGAGUAUUGGUGCUCGUUGGAGUAAUACUUGUUUGUGUUCUGGUUGUGAAGAAACAAAAGAAAAACACUACCGUCCAAUCAAGGAUUGAUGUCGGUCUUUACGAUUCUUCUGCUUCCAACAAGAUGUUUCCGCUGCGUGUAGACCCUGGUAUUUUUACAACAAAAUCGGUUCCAAUGCAUGUUGAUGGCGACGGAUUCGUAUUUGACUUGCCGGAACAGUAGGAGAGAAAUCCUAUCAGGCGCUUCAAUGUCUACGACCCUGUACCUGAACGACCAGUACCUGCCCUUUCGAACCCUACGAUGUACAGGUCAAACACAGCUGAAAAGAAUACCAUGAUUGAACGACCAGUAACCGCCUGGUCGAAUUCCAUGAUUCAGAUGGAUGACUCAUUACAAUAGACGUACAAACAAUGCUUAUAAGCUUUGAUCAACUGUACUAACAAACACUAAUUUAGUUAUAAAUGAGGAUUUGUAUUGCAAACAUGUAACACAUAUAUUUAAUUAUUUUGUUCAUAAAUAUUAUUAGAAAAAAAACUACGAGUUUUUAUAUUGAAAUUACACAGUCUGAAAUAUAAAGUACUUAUUGUAUAUGAUAAAGAAACACUCAAUAAAUCAUUUCGUGUUUGAGUACUAUACAUUUGAUUACUUUUUUGUUAGUUUUUGGUGUUUUAUAGAAUAUUUUAUCGUUUAACUUAACACCUAUAUCUAAACAGUUUUUAUUCUCGUAAACGUAGGAUUGUCCGAUAAGUGUGACAUUUUAAUUUAUAAUAUUGUUACUGAGCUUUUUUGUUUAUUUUUAUUUCUUUUUGUAUUUGAAUCUUUUGUUUAAUAUGCCUUGUGUUGUUAAACUUUUUGAUUUAGUUUUUUUUUAAUUUAACACUUAAUCCGUUGUUAAAACUGUUUUGGUUAUGAAACUUAUAUAUCCAUAAAUCGCGUACACGUAUUUACUUUAUGUUUAAAACGCUUUGGUAUUCAAAGAACGCCUACAUAAUGUAUGUAGUAGAUUUGCUUACUAACAUAUAUGUGUUUAAAGGUUGCUACUAUUUCUUUAAUAACACGUUUAUAUUGAUGUCGUGUAUGACUUUGCUGCGCCCUGCUUAUUUCACACGAUUAUUAUGCAUCCAGAGUACGAAAUAAACGACCGUUGACAAUUAAAGACAUUUCCGAAAUCAAAUGAUUUGGUUCAUGGCUGAAACAAUGUUACCAUGUAUUUGUUUGUGUUUUCAAUGUAUUAGAUAGUAUUUCAGUCACACUUAUUGUAUGAGCAAGCUUAGCCAAUCUAAGCAUUAAACUAAUUCUUAUUGCAAAUGUUGAUAUGACUCAUAAACAGUCUUAUUGGAUCAAAAUGCGGGAAAUCCCGGUAGAAAUGUGUACAGACUUACCCUAUGUAAUAUGUCGCCAUUAUAAAGAUACCGGUAUGUAUUGGGAUCACGUUUUAUUUAAUAUAGUUGCAGUUAAAAAAAAAGUCUCAUGCAUAUUGGUAAUUGUUUACGAUGUUAUAGUACUGGACCAUUUUUGCAUGUAGUUUAUGUUUAAAACAGUAUGCAGUUAACAUUUUGAUUCUUGUUUGUUUUCCUCUUGCGCUUUUUAAGUAAUCAGAAAUAAAUAUCUAACAUAAACAAUUGGAGUUGUCGUAUACUGCA